AUGAUUAUACUUUUUAAUAAUGAUUGUCUUUCGAUGAUUCAAAAUGCAGCCACCUGGGUUUGUUGUGGUACUUUUAAAUCAGCGCCCAGUGGUUUUUCUCAAGUUUUUAUCAUUCAUUUUUCUUACCAUCAAGAAUUUAUGCCUUUACUAUAUGUAUUAUUACCCGGAAAAGGCCUUUCGGAUUGCAACAGAAUGAUUUGCGAAGUAAAAAGUUUGCUUUUAAACCAGUUUAAAAUUAAGAAUUUAAUAUGUGAUUUUGAAAUUUCAAUCAGAUUAGCAUUUAAAAAUAAUUUUCCAGGCAUAAAUAUCUCACAUUGUCUAUUUCAUUUUGGUCAAAUAUUGUGGAGAAAUUUAGCUAAAAAUCAUUUAUAG